UACGGGGUUCUGGUCAAGUUAACAGACAAAGAGAAAACAAGAAAGAUAGAGCGUUAAGUUGGUCACUUCCAAACGGGGUUCUGGUCAAGAUCAGAUACGGAGAAAGAAAAGAAAGGGGUUCAAACAGAUAACCCCAGGAUGGCUAAGGACCGUAAAGGCUUCGUUGGAAACAUGGGAAUAUCUAAAAAGAAUAAGCCUAUCCAGAGAAAUGCUGCCAAUGCUCGCGAGAGGGCGCGAAUGAGAGUUCUUAGCAAGGCCUUUUCUAAGUUGAAAACGUCUCUUCCUUGGGUUCCAGAGGACACUAAACUUUCCAAACUAGAUACACUACGUUUGGCAUCCAGCUACAUCGCCCACCUUAGACAGAUUCUGACGGAAGACACAGGACCUCAUGCUGUCGUCCACCCAAUUACUUUGCAGACGUGGCCGUUUUCUUUCAACAGUCGUACUCCUCCGUCAUCUCAAGAGACUUGCAUACCAAAAAUCACUGCCUCAUACGACGUACCUUUCGACUGUCGACAGAUUGCGUCUGAUUGUACAGAUAUGAAUUUAACUAACUGUAACUAUAAUAACAACGUAUUUAACGAGAUGCAGUUUGCUUAUGGAAGAAGCGAUUCAACAAUGUCCUUUAAUUAACGAAAUCACUAAAUGCACCACCACAAGAAAUUGCGGAAUUUUUAUAUAUCUAGAAAAUAGAAAAUAAAUAGUUAUAAGUAGUAACCUGUAGUGAACAAUACCUUAUUGUCACUCGCUAAUUUAGUAAAAUGAACAAAGAAAAUAAUAGAUAAUAUAUUUCUUAUUGUUCAUUGCUGGUUUCCUUUGAUGCCCACUAUUAGGUUUCAUUGAGGUAAGGUUUUACCACUACUUUUCAGUUCGGGGCAAACUUCAGUCUUCGGUAAAUGCUUAAAAAAUAUUUUUCUUUAGCAUCUCUCAAAAAAUGAGGAGAAAUCCACGAGUUUCAGAUUCUGCUGUCUCAUUAAGUCACAUUUAACGACGUAAUUAGGUAAAAAACUGAUGGUCUUUGGUUUUAUUCACCCGUGAAGGAAACUUGGAACAGUAUUAUUUCUACUGAUUAGAACAUGCUCUUUUUCAUGCCCGAAGAAACAAAACCAAAUCAGUUGCAUCUUCCUGUAUGAGGCUUCAGUAGCUGCGUAGUUUUGAUUUCGAAAUAAAACAAAAUAAAAGGUUGAAUAGCUAACUAAGUAUUAAAAUGUAGACACACACAGAUACGCUUAGCGUUUUUUUUUUUUGUUGUUGUUGUUUUUUGUUUUCUGCUUCAGAGUUUCAUAAGCG